AAGACGAUGGCAGCUAUCGUUGACAAGAGCGCGAUUCUUGCGACCGCGGGCCAAGGCAUCAACGAACUCAUUGCGUGGGCCACCGCGGGCGGCAAGCCGCCCGUCACCCACACGUACGAGGCCUGCCGCUGCCAACUGCGGCUCCCGACGCCACUCGACGACGUCGGCCGCCUCCUCGCGUCACCCAGCGAUGCGGCCGCCGCGGCGUCGUACGUGCACGUUGACAAGUCGACGCUCCUGCAGACGAUCGAGAGCAACCAUUUGCAGGUCGAGCUGCGCUACGGCAUCUUCAAGGCGCCGGUGCCCUUCAUGCGCGACCGCGACGCUACCUACAUCGAGUGCUUCAAGCAUUUCACGGACGGCCAUGGCCGGCGCGGCGUCGCGCGCUACCUCACGUCGCACGAGCUCCCGACAACGACACCCAACGCGAGCUACGUUCGCGUCGAUAUCCGGACGUGGGGCAUUGUCGUCGUCGAGUCCAGCGACCCGCUCGUGCUCCAUGCGAGCUCGGUGGUUGACGUCGACUGGAAGAGCGUGUCGGCGUACAUUGGGUCGCACAUGACGACGCGCCGCGCGCAGAGCGUCAAGCACCUCGACACGGUGGUUCGCGCGUCGCUCAAGAAGCUAUUUGAGCGCUGCUCCAUGUGCCUCACCAAGCCGUCAAGCUUUGAGCGCGCCAACAACUUUGCCGCGUGCGUCGGGUGCGCCAAGCCGCUCUGCCCGCGCGUCCGGGUGGCCAUCUGCCUCGCGUGCGCGGGCGCAAAGGCGCGCGCCAAGGUGCCCACCCGGGAGACGCUUCUCGAGUCGGAGGCGUCGACCGUCGAGUCCGACACCAAGUCCCCGACUGUGCACCGGACGCCCCGGCGCAUGUCGUGCGAGAGCGGCUGGCUCACGCCGCAGUACCAUCGACCCCGCCGGCCGACCGAGGCGCCAUUGGACCUAACGUAUCUCGCGUCCUUUCAGGGCAACACCGCAUAGAUUGGAUAUGCGUUGUAGCCUAGCCUAGUCGUAUUUAAGGUGUAGUAAUCCCACCACCCAGCGCUGAACAAACCAA